AUGUGCAUCGAGUCGGGCACGCAUCUCGAUCUCGCUGCCAUGUCGUGUCUGGAUCGGAUUGUUCGUCGCUCACGGGACCAGCAUUACGAGUCUGCCCAGCCCCAGCCUACAGUACCAUGCACUUCACGUGCGAACAAAAGACUAGGGACCCUGAUUCUAGGCAGCGCCAACCUAUGUACCGCGUGCCGUCGGCCGGCCGCCAGCGAUCCAACCCCUCCUCCUGGCUGUCGGAUCGCCGCUGGGGGGGCCCAUGGAGGCAGCAACAGCAAGAAGCCGGGGGGCGGCUGUGCUGGUGCUGAUAGGUAUCAGGCUACGGGGUGGCCGCACGUUCCGGUCGUUGGGUGGCGGCGGGGUCCCGGGGUUGGGUCCAAGAAGCUCUCCCACGAUGCUUGGCCGAACGGGCCAGCGUCCGGGCGCCUGCCAAGGGCUUUCCGUUUUUUGCGCCCCUCGUGCUCGUCCUCGGUCGGGUCGGCUAGCAAGCUCGGCAUCGAGAGGAGCGUCAAACAAAAGCGCCACUACUCGGGGUCUUUGGCUACGGCUCACAACGCACGAGCCUCGGAUCGCGAUGGGACUGCCGCCCCGACAUGGAACGGGAGGCUGCUCUCUUCUGGCGGCAACACGCCUCAUUUGGUCCACGGACUUGGCCGGAAGCCGAGCGGCGUGGGCGGGCGUGCUUCCUUCUGGGACUAUGACGUCCAAUCGUUUGCGCUCCUGUCGAGGUGACGGCCAGCCGCCGCGGGCCUGGAAGGGGGCACCCCAGAUCCAGGCGGGCGUGCAUAUCGCAUCCAUGUUGGGGGCAACCUCAUUCCUUCUUCACUAGCG